UAAUGACAGCGGUCAUCACAGGGACAUUUAAGAAACAAUUGAUUCAAUAAGCUAUAUUUCCCGCAGUGCCAUUCCGUCUCAAUUAGCUUGUGAACGGCAAAAGAAUUGCAAUUUGUAAUCUAGAUAGAAAUCGUUUUGUGUACACUAGUUUCCAUUGGUGCAAUUAAUAAUAUCUUUCUGAAUGAAUAAUUGUUGUCAACACUAUCGUCUUAGCCCAUUGCAACAAGAAAUAAGAUACGAACUUUAACCUCCUUAUCUGGCAUUUUGUUCUAACCCAUGUAUAAAAUUUCUGAAGAGUCUUCAUUUCGUUGACUGAGGCCCAAUGGUGAAGUUGGUGAUGUCAAAAUGCGUGAAAUAGUUUUGUUUUUUUUAUUUUGUGUCUUCAAUUCGGCAUUAACCCAAAACAGCAAUCCUUUUAGAGAUCCAAAUAUCUGUGGACGACCAGCAUGUAUAAAAGAUGAGGGAAAAUUCAAAUAUGGCCCAAGUUCUCAACAAACCUAUGACUAUACAGUGGACGUAAGAAGUUUGUUCAAUGGAACCAGCAGAAAUGAGUCAACCUUGUCUAUAAAAUCGACUGUUAUCUUAGAAUUCCUGACGCCAUGUGAAGGGCUUCUAACUCUUCGAGAUUUGAAGCUAAGAGAAGGAGGGACAAACCACAGACAAACUGAUGAGUUUUCCUCCGCUGUUAGCGCAUUUUCUCUAAGAUUUUCUUUUUAUGAUGGCGUUAUAACAGAAUUAUGCCCAAAUACUAACGAAAAAAUAUGGAUUUUGAAUUUGAAACGAGGAAUUCUUUCGAUGAUUCAGAAUUCAAUGAAGAGAUUCGACUUGGACACAGAUGAUAUAGAAGAGGAGGAUGUCAAAGGAAAAUGUAAAACAAAAUAUUUGGUUGUCGGAAGUGAAAAAACUAGUUUGAUCAUAGAAAAAGUUAAGGAUCUGUCUUCUUGUACUAGCCGCUCCAGGCUUCACUCUGCCAUUCAAUCUGUACCUUAUGGUUUUAGAUCGAAGAUCCAACCUGAAGAGAGCCUGCUAGAAUCUUCUAGCCGUUGUGUGUUAUCAAUCGAUCAUCAUAUAUACAAUUCAGUAAAAUGCACGGAAUCAUACUUGAUGAAACCGUUUUCAAAUCGUGGUUCUGGAGUAACCACCGUUGUCAAACAAAAUUUGAUACUUCUUGAAGAAAAAAACAUUACUGCCUUAACUAAACAGGAAGAAAUAACGAAAAGGGUUCCAAUAUUCUUCGACCACACACCAUCAUUAGGCCUUGUUGAUGACAAUGUCAAAAAUGCCAAAAAUCUGAUUCUGAAGAUGUGCAAAAUGGAUACUGAUGAUGAUCAUAUUCAAUUUUCGGAUAUUUUCACCGAUUUGGUCGAUUCUUUGAGGCUUCUUACACCACAAGCUUUAAAGGAGAUUUUCGAUCAUUCUGGAAUAUUGUGCAAUACAGGAAAGAAAAAUGUGAUAGACGCCUUACCAUAUGUGGAAACAACUGGAGCUUUUGCCAUAAUGAAAGAUAUGAUAAUUAAAAAACAAGUUCGCCCAUCGACAACAAACGACUGGAUGUUUUAUGUUUCUCUCACCAAACACCCUGAUGAAGAAAUGAUGGAAAUAGCUGCUGAUCUCCUUGAAAGGUCUUCAUUUGAUCCAUCGAUCGUUCUCAGCAUAGGUGCUCUAACCCACACAUUCUGUGAGAAAACUCCCAAUUGUAACGAUUACAAUGGGGUGCAACAAAUAAGUGAGCACUUUGAGAAAUCAGUUCGUAAUUUGUACAACAAGGAGAUAAAUGUUAGAGAGAAUCGUGAAAAGAUGAUAGUUUAUUUGAAAGCUCUGGGUAAUACAGGUCAGUUGUCAUCAUCGUUGAAAGAACUCCUGGUUGAACUGAUUGAAGAUAACAGUUUGGAUAUGGAAUUGAAGAUUGCUGCAGUUGAAUGCCAUCGAAGAGUACCAUGUGACGAAUCAAAAGAUUAUUUUGAAGAUCUUUACAGAAAUUAUGAACAAGAUUCUGAACUACGUAUAGCAGCUUACUUGCAGAUAAUGAGAUGCCCAAAUUACCUGAUGAUGAGAACUAUUAGGAAUACGUUGGAGCAAGAAGAGGUUAAUCAAGUUGGUUCCUUUGUCUGGAGCCAUUUGAAGAAUCUUCUGAAGUCAGCAGUGCCAAGUCGAGUUGAGAUUCAAGGUUUACUUUCAGAUAAAGACCUAGUCAGGAAGUUCAGUAGUGAUUUACGCAAAUUUUCCCAUAACUAUGAAGGUUCACUAUUUUUUGAAGAAUACAAUAUAGGUGGCAAUUACGACAGCAAUCUCAUAUUUUCUACGAAGUCAUACGUUCCCUCAUCAGCAUCUUUCAAUUUCACCGUUGAUCUUUUCGGAGAAUCCAUCAAUAUGUUUGAGGUUACAGCAAGAGUUCAGGGUUUCGAAAAUUAUUUCGAAUCAUUAUUCGGUCCAAAAGGACCUUGGAGUUACUCCAAACUUCAGGAUAAACUGCCUAAGAUGAGAUUCGCCAGGGAAAUUGGAAAUGAGCUGUUGAAAUCUCAGCUUCAGGACAUUCCAAACGUGAUGGAGAACGAAUUUGGGGAUCCAAAGGUUUCUUUCGCAGUCAGGAUGUUUGGAAACGAUUUGAAAUACGUUACUUACAAUGGAUAUGAAGAAAUGAAAGAAGCUGUAGAUCAUUUGAACCCUAUCCAUUAUUUCCAAAGGUUCAUUUCGAAAAAGGAAAUAGACUUUCAUAAGGCAAUGAUGUUCCUCGACAGUAAAUAUUCUAUACCGACUGGUGCUGGACUUCCUCUUUCAUUAUCUGCAGUUGGAACGUCUUCAAUUACUAUGAAGUUAUCAGGAGACUUGAAAGCGGAAAAUUUCUCAAAGAAAAAAGAAUUAGAUCUACAGACAGACAUCAAACCGACUAUCUCACUCGAUUUAACUGGAAGUUUAGAAGUUGAUGCUCACUUCGCCAAGACUGGAUUGAAAGUGAAGACUAGCAUGUAUUCUUCAACAGCUGUUGAAGGAAAAGUCAGUGUGAGAGGUUUCAAACUGGCUAAGGUGCAUAUAAGCAUACCACAGCAGAGAUCCGAAAUAUUUAAUUCGAGAUCCGACCUUCUAGUGCUGCAUCAUGGAAAAGAAGUGAAACAACACGGGUUGAAAGAAUAUGUAGUGACCAGAUCCAUAUGUUCCUGGCCAGUGUUAGAUAAAACUAUCGGUAUCAAAUCAUGUCUUCAAUAUCAUUUCGUCAAUGUGACGAAAAUGAGGCAUGCUCCCUAUUUUGUCCUGGCUGGCCCGGCAGGCUUCAGAAUAUUCAUCGAGAAACUGGAUCCCAAAGCCAAAGACUUCAUAUUUGAGUAUAAAUGGGUGGAUAAAGGAGAUACCAGCGCAGUAGCAAUGACUUUCGACGCCCCUGGUUCAAGUUUGGGCAGGAUCGUUGAAACUGAUUUCUCCAUCGACAGGCAAACUAAAAAUUUGACUUUGGUAAUCAAGACCACAAGUGGAACUGUAGUUACUCGAGGAAACUACAAAAAUACCCCUGAUGAGAAAUAUAUACAACUAGCAGUUGACUUCAAUAAUUUCAAACAUUUUGACACUAGUCUAUCUUUGUCUCGAAAACAGAUACCUCAUGGAUACGAGUAUUUCCCCAAAUUCUAUCUUGGUGUCAAUAAUGAAAGGGUGGUAGAAAUUAAAGGAUCCAUCAAUUUUGUGAAUAAGAGAGGUAUAUCCCAAUACCACGUGGACAUGAAAUUUCAAACGAAGAGAGUAACAGCAAAAAUGUUUGGGUAUAUUUCUAAAAAACAAGUAACAAUUGCCACUCAGCUCAGGCUGCUCUACAAAUUUCCAAAUGCACCUGAGCAAGGUGUCGAUCUUGCUUUUUCUUUGGCCAACAGAUCUAAAAGGAACUUCAUGGAUAUACAAGGAUCAGCUAAAUUCGAAAGUUCUUCUUACCCCCAGUACGACUUUGAUUCUAAAGUGAAGUUGUUGAGAGGGCACGCACAUACUGAAGGAGACUUCAAUAUAACUUUCAACCAUAAAGAUGAUCCGAUGCGUUGGACCAAGUUCGGACUUCAAGUUAUCGAUAAAUCUCUGGAUGAUGGCACCAGACAAAUAAAUACUGUAAUACUGUUUUCGAAACCAGCUAAGAAUAUCGAUGUCAAUGCCGAUUUCAAAUACCAUUCGAAAGGACCGAAUACCAACGUUGAUUUGAUAGUUGAUUAUGCCAGAGAUAAACGGUUUUCGACGGCUAUUUUCUGGUACCAUAACAAAAGGCCUCUGCUCAAUUUCAAGAUGGAUUUGAAUGUCACAGUACCUAAUUUCCACCCUAUGAUAGCAAACUUCAAACUGGACGAGAAACAAUCGUCUCACUAUGAUAUCGGUUUCAAUGGAACUUGGUUUAGCAGCCAUAGCAUAUCAGCUAAUGGUGUUUAUGUUGAUAAAAGUACCUCAAGAUCGUACGACUACCAUGCUAAGCUGAUGGUGAAAUCUCCGAGUUUUCAAGAUGUCUUCUGUAAUUUGAUAUACCAUCGAGAUAAAAAUGCUUUGAAGCUUGCCUUGAAGUUCGAUCAAAAUCACACUGAUUAUGGAUUAAUCAUCAAGCAUAUCAAUCAUUCUCCACAAGAUAUGAGCACGUUUGCUGAACUGAAGUACCAAAAUAAAAUAUUUUCAGUGUUGACAACUGUUCAUUCAGGCGACCAUCAACAUGUUUCUGUUGACAUCCAUCUUGAUCAGAUGCGAGAAAUUGAAUUUGCUGCAUGGGCACACAACAAAGUAUCAUACAAGGCAGCUGGAAUUGAGUUGAAAUGGGAUGCAAAUAGAGAUCCAAACCAAAAACUUGUUCUUUCUGGAAAUUACACCAAGGUGGCUCCAUUCAACUACAUAGCAAAUUUACUUGCUUCAUAUCCUGGAAGGACACUACUUGGCAACUACGAAUUCGUAUUGAAAUAUGGCCACUUAAACACUCUGGUUGGCCUUUCAUGGGACGAUGAUCAAAGUUUUGCUGUUAUUUUGAAUUCAGAUUUCAAUUUCGACAAACAUAAGUACUUCGUAGCAGAUUCGGAAAUAGUGACUCCUUUCGAGAAUUGGAAACAGACUUUCAUCAAUGCUGGCUUUGAACACAACGUGAAUAUGUAUAGUUUGAAUGGAAGUAUUAAGUGGGAAAAGAAACAACAUAUUAUAGUCGAUUUGUUUGGGAACUAUACAAUUAACGAUGAUGUAAUUGAUUGUGAAUUCAGGAGUAUUUUAUCAAGCACACUGAAGAAUAUACCUUCCCUCAGUGCUACUUUGGCUCAUGCUCAAAAUGAUACCAAAGUUGAUACUCUUCUGAGGUUGCAGUAUGCUCCUGAAGACGUAAUAGACAUUAAGAGUAAAUGGGAGGUGGAAGCUGAUGAAAUAACCAAAAACUACACAGGGACAGUAGUAACAAGUACACCUUUCUCUGGAUUUAAUAAAGGAUAUCUUAUAAGCAAAGUAAUGAUAACAAAAGAUAGAUAUCUUAGAGGAGUUGCUGAUCUAGACUUCGAUUUCAAGAAAUUUUCCAUAAGUGCUGAAGGUCGACUGAAAAGAUUAACGAAUAGCAUGUUGACAGUGAAUAUCACAACACCCAUCGAAAAAUAUAGCACCAUUACUGGUAAAUUUGGAUUCAUAGAAGACCAAAGGUACCUCGUUGCAAUGGUCACUUAUCCCUCCAAAAUAAUGGGAGUUGAAGUGCUUUUAUCAGUACAGAGUUUAACAGAAUUCGACACGAAAUUUAUUCUUGGGACGCCACUGGACGUUUUGCAAAGGGUUAUAGUGAUCGGUAAAUUGAAACCAGAAUGUGCUGAUUUUAGAGUAGGCUGGAACUCUCUUCUCGGAGGAUUCACUGGAAAAUGGCACUAUGCAAAUAGACUUGAUUUUGAGUAUUCUUACAUAAUCUACACUCCUUUAGAGGGCUUUGAAGAGAGCAGCGUUGUUUUGAAAGUGAUAGUAAAGGAGGGAAUCGAUGUUGAAACUUCAGCCAAACUAUCUGGUCAAAAGCUUGGAGUGGUAAUCUUCGGCGAAACCAAACCAGCACUUCUUAAAGAACUAGGCAUAAGACUUGAUGAAAUUUAUGGUAAAAAGAACAGGACCGGUGCAUUAUCAUCCAAGGAAAAGGAAGAAUAUGAUGAUGAUGACCUAAUGACUUGGUCUGGGUUGGUUGAAAUCGACACACUCAUAAACCCUACAAUCAAAGGAACUCUAGAUAUAGAUCAGAAAGGACCUGUUUAUACUAUCAAAUCAAAAAUGAUUAUGCCAGAUGGAUUGGCUGUUAUAAACGAUAGGCUAGAAUUCUAUGGACCUCUCAUGAUGAAGAACAAACUUCAGAUAACAACCCCCUAUAGAAGUUUCAAGCAGAUCAAUUCAAACUAUGAGAUGGAUAUAUCACCAGGUCAAAAUUACAUUUUAAGCAUGAGCUUGAGUUACCAGAAUGAUAGCGAGCUUGUUCACAAUGAAUUGACAGCUAAGUAUAUUAUACUGCGAGGAAACACCAACUUGGACAAGACCCACAACGUAACCCUUCACACUGAAACACCAGCAGUCGCUUUCCUCAACAUAGACGGAGGCGGAGUUUUAAGAAUACAAAGUACAAACGUGGAUAGAAGAUAUUCCGGAAAUAUUUACCUCAUUGCUAGCAGCAUGGACAUAGCUUCAGAAGCAGAGUUGAAGAUCAACAGGAGUGCCAUUUACGGAGACCUUUAUCUUCGAGCCAAAACUGCUUCUAUUUAUGUUCCUCCUGUAUAUUUGAAAUACAUGAGAAAAACUUUGAUCAACGAUGAACAAGUUGAACUACGUUUGAAUAUUCCUGAAAUAUUUAAAAGUGAGAUUUACAUGCACGCAGAUUGGUCUUACCUUUCUAUAAGAAAAUUCAACGUCUUUUUGAAUGUUCAAACUCCAUUUGACGGAUUCGAAAGAUCAAUUGUCGGAGUUCAAGUAGCUCCAAAGGCAGAUGCACAAACUGGUAACAUAAUAAUAGAUAUAAGUCCAGUAGAAGCUAUCAUCAACAACACCUUCAAAAAUGACGUUUUUACUUCGGUAGCCCAGAUGAAAGUCAAUGGGAAUAGUAUUCCUGUGGUUUUGCAAUGCAACAUCAUCAAAUCAACACCAAUGAGUAGAACAUUGGAAGGAACUCUUUUGAUUGGGAAAAAAGAGUUUAAUAUAUCAGGAAACAUUGACGUUAUUAACAAUUUACCAAUGGGCAUCCAUAUUGAGUUCAUACCAAAAGAAGGCUCAGAUGUUGCCAUCAUCGAUUACAAAAUAAAGUCCAGCGAAGAUUCGAAGUAUCAGUUCAUUGGGUCAGCGAAAAAUACAAAAACUUAUUUCAACCUAAAUGUGGACACCAAGGUUCUGAGUGUGGUUGAUUGGGAUGCUAAUGCAAAGUUGGAGACUUCCAUGCCACAUUACAAGACUUUCACUCUUGACGCAACUUGUAGAAAAGAGGGAGAUAUCAAGACUUUGAAACUGCAAGCUCAAUCUCCGAUUAAAAAGGUAGAAUACCUCAAACUGGGAGCAUCGAUAAAAAAUACAAAAGAGGACAAUGACGUAAAAGGCAACUUCGAGAUACCUAGUAUGAAUGGUAGCCUUCAUGUGAAUUGGUUAUGGAUAUAUCUGGAGAAUAUGAGAAUAGACUUGACAUCCCAUUUCAAUACUGAAGCUAAGGAAAAAUCUACUAACUUCAACGGUCACUAUUUCAAUCCUAAUAAAGAUUUCAAGGAACUACGUGUAGGAGCAAACGUAGAUUUAGACAGAAAAUGGACCACUGGUUCCAAUAUCACCUUGAUUCUCCCUAACGUGCAGAAUGUUACUGUUGAUGGUGCUUUGAAACUACCUACCGGUGAAGUUCACUUCGCUAAUGGAAAAGUGAUGUAUACGACACCAAUUGAUCACGUUGAAUUUUUGGCAAAGUACAAAACAUUGCUAUCAAGGAAAAACUACGCUGUCAAUGGUACCGCUCAUCUGAAGCCUGAAGGUGACAACAACCGCAUUAGAGGAAAUUUGGGAGUGGAGUGGACUCCAACUAAAGGAAUAAACAACAUAAUAGAUUUCGCAGAAGUGAAAGAUGGAUAUCAUUUGAUCUAUAUGCUGUCGACACCGAAAUACAAAAACAAAAAGGCUUUGGUAUUUGACGGAAGUUACAAAACAUCUGAUAUGUAUCUUGAUCUAAGGUGUCAAUUAUUCAAGCCAGAAGCCAAUUCUGUGGCAUUUGGACAAAUUCAUUUCAAGGAACUGGCUAAUAUGGAUGGUUUAGUGAACAUAACCAUACCUUACGAGAACCUGAAUUUUGCAGCACUGAAAUUCAACACAGAAACUUCAGCGAGGGUUUAUAACCGUUAUUUGGAAGCUUUCUGGCCUGAUAAUUCUGCUAAAAUAGACGCCAAAUGUGACAUAACAACUGGACCAACAUUGCUCCAUCGAACAAGAAAAGGAUCAGUUAUUAUUGUGGUACCAAUAGCAUCGAAACAUCGAGCAGAUAUAGACUUCGUGUACCAGGAACUCCCUCUACAUAGCGUUGGUAAUGCUUCGGUGAACUAUAAUGGACAUAAGAUUAUGGAUGGAAUAUACGACUGUAAAAGCGAAUCGAAAGCAGGUUUUGAAGAGGACAAUACACAUGUUGAAAUUAUAAAUAGUUUUAUUCCAAUUGGAGUGGACUAUAUUCAUGGUUAUGAAUAUGGAGCACCUACAGAUGAAGGCCUAGUUGCCCCUUCAAAGGAUACCAAGAACAUCAAACUCUAUCAUUUAAGAAAUCAUUCCAAAUUUGCUAUUGAGGGAGAUUUGGUUCUUGGUACAACGGCCACUGGACAGCAACUAGGCGUUGAAGUGAAACAUCUGAACAAAACCGUUAAGUUCAGAAGUGACUAUGACAUUUUGGACCAAGAAUACAGACAACAUAGCCGUUUGGAAUUGGCACCUGCCACAUGGAUAGAAUACAAUGUUAAUUUGAGGAAUGAAACUGUGGAUCAGGACUUCAAUGCCCAAAGAUUACAGGUCGAUGUCAAAUACCCUCUACGCAAUUUCACAGCAAUUGGAUCUUAUAAAAUAGGCGAAGAGAAGAUAUAUACAGAUGUCAAGUUAGAAUGGGAUGUUGAUCAGAAAUCAAUAGAGGCAGGACUAGAUUGGAAGAAAGUUUCAGAUAAACACGAACAGCUCUUACUCACCUUGAGGCAUCCAACAUUCGAAAAGGAUGUAACACUUCUGAGCGAAUAUGAAUAUGGCGACUCAAGAAUUGUCGAUGCUAGGGUUAAGUUAGACUACUCUGUAGACACCGAACAGACGUUUGUAAUGAGUGCUAGAGUGGAUGAUAAUUCCAAAAAUAAUGUUUACAAUUAUUCGUACUACAUAUACGCCAAUCACAAUGCUACAAGCUUGGAUUUACAUGGACGAGGAGACAUAUUCUGGAGACCUGAUGUCUAUAGUACUAGUCAUUACAAGGAAUACCAGAGAUCUUAUCUACCACCACAACCCUCAGAAGCUCUGAUGAGAUUAGAUCUUAUACGGAACUUGAUCGAACUGAAGAGGGAAAGUCUUGGUCAGUUGUCAUACCUGCAAGCUUCGUAUGAAACCAACCAUCCAAAAUAUACAGGCAAUUUAUCGAUAACCCAUGAUUAUAAUGAUGCUAUUGGUGACUAUUAUCUUAACCUGGAUGAAAAAAUAUUCCACUUGGAUUACAACAUGACAACAGAUGGGCGGCAGAGUUUGCAUAUGUUCGGUGACAUACCCGAUGCAAGAAAUGCCAAAUUUAACAUAUGGCGCGAUUACGAUGACAUAAGGAUAAUGGACGUUAUGUAUUACUUGAAGAUGAACCAUUCCAGGCUUAUCAUUUCAAAUCUCAUAUGGAGACCAGAACUACUGCGCGAUUUGCAAUCUGGCUUCCAUGGCGGCUUACACAACGUGUAUAACUACGUUAUAGAAAACAUAAAUGACACAAGACAUUACGUGAGAUCGGAAAUCAAAGAAGCCAUUUCAGGUAUUUGGAUGGAGGCAGAACCACAUCUCCAAAACUAUCUUAACGAUAUGCGGGAUCUAAGACUGAUCGAGGAAGACAUAGAACAUUUCAAGUUGUUCUUGAACAGGUCCUAUCAUGCUAACGACUUCUACAUCAAAACCAUCGUUGGAUUCACUUCAUAUGCAUUCGAUGAGCUCGCCUUGAAAAAACACUUUGAGUCCGUGCCUGCAAUUAUAUCUGAAAUAUGGGGUAUUAUGGGUGAAUCAGGGAAGAAAAUUCAGAAGAGCAUUGAGUGGGUGAUUGAGAAGAUCAAAACUUAUUACAAGAACAUCACAGUAUUCACGAGACAGUUGUUGGAUGGAGAUCCAAUACAGCAUCUAUCUGACGCCUUCUCAAAUAUCUUAGAACAAUAUGAUGAUUUCAUCAGGAAACUACACGUUGCUUUCAUUCAGUAUAUUGAAAAAUUGUGGCAUCAGACUUAUAACUUGGUUAUAGAGAAUUGGCACAGGAUGUUGAUUGCCAUUGAGCCAACCUUCUUGAAAUUGGUUGCUUAUACUGAGAGUAUCGCAUGGUCUACCAGUCAAGAGUUUCUUGACUUCUUGUACAUUCGUAAGAACGAAAUAUUGGAGUCGCCCUACUUUGCGAAAUUCACCAAUUUUACCCACGAUGUCGAUAAGUUCUAUAAGGAUAUAACUGGUAAUAACACCCUGUCCAGCGUUGUUAAGUAUACGAAAAUAAGCUGGAACUUCUUCCGUGCAAAGUACAUGGAUAAGUUGCCGUUUGCCAAGGAAUUAGAAGCUAUAAUUCGCGAAAUCGUUGAGGAUUUGAACCAGUUGAGGAAACUACCAUCAGUGGCGUUCUUCGAGGAGAGAUUGAACCAAAUAUGCAACAGACUAGGUUGGUUCUACGAAUAUUUCGAUGUGGAGACCAGGCUUCAGAAUUUCCUGAAAUUGUUGCAUAAAAAAGUGACUGAUUAUUCGCAAACUGCUCUCCAGGCUGAGAAUAGAUAUAGAGUACCCAAAACAUUAUUUAUCUUCGAUCCAAAUAGAGGCAAAAUGCAAUGGGAGCAGAAGUUGCCAAUGUCUUGGCAUGCUUUCAAUGAAACACCAAAUUUCCACGAAAUACCGGAAAUAAAGGCUUUAUAUGAUGUUCAAAGCUUUUUCGUAUCUUCUCAUACAAACUUCUGGAACUUCUAUUAUGAUUACAAACCAUACACAGAUCCAUCAGAAUGGUUUCCACCAUUCAAAGCCCAAGCAAUGAUAAUCGGUACAAACCAUUUUGUCACAUUCGACAAGAAAUUCUUCGAUUUCAAAGAGGACUGUUCCUAUCUUUUGGCGUCAGAUAUGAAAGAUCAUAACUUCACUUUGGUGAUAUCCUAUGGACAAGGAGUUGACUCUCACGAAUUACUGCUACUGGUGAAUAAAACUGUGGUCAGAAUUAACAUUUUCACUGAUGUAAUCAAAGUUGGCGAUUCACCUCGAUCUCAGCUUCCUAUAGAAAUAGACGAUACGUUCAUACACAGAGAUUCUGGAAUGAUAACAGUAGAAAGUUCUUCAGGCUUUUUACUUGAAUGUAACAUAAAGUUCAAAGUCUGCACAUUUGAAGUUUCAGGUUGGUACUUUGGAAAAACAGCUGGACUAUUCGGAACCAUCAAUAACGAGCCCUCAGAUGAUUUCUUAUCUUCAACUAAACAACGACACAACGCAAGCAACACCUCAAGCUUCGCCAGAAGUUGGGCUUUGGAUAAGAAAUGCGCGAGAUCUGUUGCGCCAUUUAAACCUAGGAGGAAUGAUACCAAUAAACAAGUGGCUCAACUUUGUGAUGACCUUUAUUCGAACAAAUUGUCCCAGUUUGAGUCUUGCUUCGAAAGAAUUUCGAAACAGCCUUUCUUAGAUAUGUGUAUGACCAGCAGAACACUCGAGGAGGCUUGUAGUUCUGCUGCAGCUUACACCACCUUGUGUUCCAGCGAAAAUACGCCUUUAAGGAUGCCAGACUCUUGCAUCAUGUGCCAUUUACCAAAUGGUUCUCUUAUAUAUGAAGGGGAACUUGCAAGAUUCACUUCGCAAAAUACGCAACCCUCUGCAGAUGUGGUGUUUCUGGUAGAGAGUAAACGUUGUAAUGAAAACGUAACUUCCAAGAACAUGAAGAUGCUGUUCGAUUCUUUAGAUGCAGAGUUAGAGGCCAAGAGUUUCACGGGAAAUCGGUAUAGCGUAGUACUUUUUGGUGGUAAUGGUGUGUUUGCGGAUCCAAGGGUUCGUUCGCUGAAUGGAAAAAUUUUCACUAAUAUCCAGUCAGUGAUGCAUACGUUGGAGAACAUUCCAGUUGGAAAUGGCAGUGCUGAUAUAUUCAGUGCAUUGAUUUACGCCUCAAGACUGAACUUCCGUCCUGCUGUCUCAAAAAUAUUCAUUCUGAUGCCAUGCUCAGAAUGCCAUGAAGACAGUAUGAAGUUCGACUAUCCAAUACUACACCAACUUCUGUCUGAAAAUGAUAUUUCCCUUCACAUCUUGAUGAACGAAGACUUCACUCAGAAAACAAGAGACAACAAAGUACCUUAUGGAAUUGACAGUAGACGAGCUUAUACAAAGAAGGAUGCACGUUCUUUAAAGGGGGAUGAAAGUUUGAGGAAUCACAUCAAACUGCCUAAGACAACCAUGGGAUUGUGCAUGCCACUAGCUCUUGAAACUAAUGGCACACUCUUCUCUACAAAAUAUUUGAGAAAUGGGAAGGACGACUCUGUGAAAAAAUUCACUUCCGUGUUCACAAAGCGUGUUGCAGAAGGCGCAAAAAAAAUUGAUUGCGUGGACUGUGAAUGCACCGCAUCAAACAACGGUCUGUCAUUCAUGGAAUGUUCGUUCUGUCACUCAUCAAGAGCCUCUAUAGAUGAUGAAUUCGAAGAAGAUGAGUUACUCAUGAAUCUCCAACCAGGCGAAAAUAUAUUCUGAUGUGAUUCGUGCUAUAGUAAUUUAUUAAUUAAUAAGUUAAAAAAAAUUGAUUGUACAUAAAUGGAAAUUUACUUGAA